UCACCACUUGACGGUCCACUGAGCCUUUACAAGUACAUCAAUUCACGAACCCAUUAACACAGCUUGUCCAUCUCUCCUCCACCGUCAUUUACAAAACGUUGACACAGACUCAUCUAAGACAAAGCUUUGCGCAUGUACCCACAAACAAUGGGUUCCUCAGACAGGCGAGCCGUCAAGGUUACAGACAACGAUGAUGCAGAAGACGUCCCCCUCCACCACCUUCGCCCCUUUGGCACCGGGUUAUACAAACAACAGAUAAAGUUCGUCCCCGCCUCCGAUGGCGAUCUAGAUUCAACCAGUUCAACAACGACCAAGUCCAACAAGCCAAAACUUGACGUAGCUGGUCUUUACCUGGACAUGGUUCUCGCCAACAAGGACAAAAACAAAAACAACGAGAAACAAAAUGGAAAUCAAUCAACAGUGACGGAUAUUACCACCACCACCACCUUUACCACCACCACCACUACCUCAGACACAAUCCAAACCACUACAAUGCCAACAGAACAGCCACCAAUAGUAUUACCACAACAGGAAAUCUGCCAGAUCUGUAGCCUCCCCUACGCACCUAAUCCAGAAUCCAAAGCUAUCCACGAACAGUCCUUUGCGCACCAAUCUCGCCUUCCACAUUCCCACCCUCCCUCAGCGCUUGACCGUUCACGGAUGGGGCUCAAACAUCUUACAAGCCACGGCUGGGACCCAGACUCCCGCCAAGGUCUCGGGUCCGCGGCACAGGGAAUCCAGUUCCCCAUUAAGGGCAAGAAGAAAGAUGAUCACUUGGGGCUUGGGGUAGAGGUGCCUAAGAAUGGGCAGCUGCCAGUGCUGCCAAAGAAGAAGGAAAAGUUGUUGGACGCGAAAAAGGUUCGGAAGAUGGCCGAGGUGGAGAAGAAGAAAGCGGAAAGGAUACAGAGGGAGUUGUGGGGGAGAGGACCUGAUCUGGAGAGGUAUUUGGGGAAGGGGGGCUAAAGGGUAACAAAGUGGUUGAGGGCCUAUAUGAUUUAUAGGCCAUCUAACUGAGUGUGAUAUAACCAAGUGGUUAGCUAAUUUCGCGAUAGUCGGUAUCAGCGGCAGAUGUAGAGAAAAUCUUGACUUUAUACAAGGGGAUCCGUAUGUUGACCCCCAAGGUGAAGAGGGCGAAAGAUGUCACAACGAACAACGAAUCAAAAGGAUCAGCG